AAGAGGGUAAAAUAAUGAGACAACUUUCACUGUAUCAUCUCUCUCUCUCAAACUGUGGCUGUGGCCUUAGUUAGGCUCACCCGCAUUAAUCAAUCUGGUUUUGUUUCCUUUGGUUUGUGCCACUUUCUUUACCUUCCUUUCCUUUCCCACUUCCAUUAUUAUUCAUCUAAUCUAGCACAACCUUUGAGAGUUACACACACAGAGAGCGAGAGGCGGCCAAACGAGGAUUAUAACCCUUGUGAAGGUCCCUCUCAUUCUUCUUCAUUUUUCUCCUCUCUUUGCCUUUCCCUCUUCUGGGUUUGCUUUUUUAUGCUCCCUCGCCCAGCCUGCUGUCUCAUUUCGAUGCCCCAUUUUGGAUCUUCUAGAAUCUAUUGCAGAGGGGCAUCAACCAAAUUCUGGUUUUUUCUUUGACAAAAAAAUGAAAAUGAAGCUUGGAUCCAAGAAAUGGAAAUCAAUUGCCCCUCGUUUGAAAGGAAAAUCACCAUCUCCCUCUUUUUGUCUGUUUUCCAAAGCUAAGUCAGUUAACUAUGGUCCAGGCAAAACACCAGUUUAUCUAAACGUGUACGAUUUAACCCCUAUGAAUGGUUAUGUCUAUUGGGCAGGCCUUGGUAUCUUUCACUCUGGCGUAGAAGUCCAUGGUGUAGAAUAUGCAUUUGGAGCUCAUGACUAUCCGACCAGUGGCGUUUUUGAAGUCCAGCCUCGACAAUGCCCAGGCUUUAAGUUCAGGAGGUCAAUAUUGAUUGGCACAACCUGCCUUGAUCCUCGUGAAGUCAGAGAGUUCAUGGAGCAACGCUCUUCAAGCUACUAUGGGGAUACAUAUCACCUAAUUGUCAAGAACUGCAAUCAUUUCUGCAGGGACGUCUGUCAUCAGUUGACUGGAAAAUCAAUUCCAAAAUGGGUAAAUCGACUGGCUAAAAUAGGUUCCAUUUGUAAUUGCAUACUUCCAGAAUCCCUUAGAAUAUCCGCCGUAAGACACGAUCCCGCAUACCCUCCAUACGAGACCGAGAAGACAAAGCUGAGGAAUGCCUUCAGUUGCUUGUCUUCUAUAUCAUCGCGGCAAAAGCAGCUGUCUUCAACUUCAUUAUUUUUACAGUCACCAUUAAAAGGCUGGGAGUUGAAAAAAUCCAGCAGUGAACCCUCAUGCCUCAAAGGAUAGGUGAGAAAUAUUUGUUUGUUCUAGAUAUCUUUUCUUGGAAAGAGAAGGGAUUUUAUCUUUUCGAUUUCACAUAAUUUGUUGAGAGAUGCUUGCUGAGUAGAUGCAGGCAAAAUCUCUGUUAGAUGACAAAACCUACUAUAGCCUUGCAGUGUAAAUGUAUGUCGAUUUCUGGAUCGUACCAAUGAAUGGUCCGUUACCAUGCUGGUC